AUGCUCGUGAAAUCCCUGUGCGAUGUGGAUAUAAGCGACUGGCCAUACGAUGAACAAAAUUGUUUCCUACGGUUUGGCUCCUGGACUCACGACGGGCUGUCCAUAGAUAUAAGCAAUGACAGUAAGAUUUCACUGAAUGACUACUGGAAGAGCCCGGAAUGGGAUUUAAUAGACUCGAGGAGUGAGCGCCGGGACUUUUACUUCGAUUGUUGUCCCGAACCCUAUCCAGACGUCACUUUCUACCUGAGACUGAGACGCAAGACAUCCCUCUAUCACUUCACUGUCUUCAUACCGGUCACGACUGCUGUCAUUCUUAAUCUAUUAAUGUUUUGGUUCUCAAUCCGAUCUUCUGUCAGAUUCCUGUUGUCAUCACUCAGUCUAUUGAUGUUAACCGUAAUUCUGCUGUAUUUGGGAUCAAAGUUUGGUUUGGGAGCAAAUAGCAUCCCUUACGCCAUCCGUUACAUAAGCCGAACCAUUUUGACAAUUGGAUUAACACUGGUUUGGACGACAAUUGCAUAUAAUUUGCUAAAUAUGAACAUUCAAUUGCCGGACCCUUUGAGGCGACUCACGGCUCCCACGGAAUGGCUGGCUAUCAAACAAUCACUGACUGACUCACACCUGACGUGGAAACCCGAAGAUUACGGGGGAAUCUCUACAAUCCGUGUGAAUGCGGAUGAGGUGUUUAAACCGGAUAUUAUGCUUUACAACUCAGCGGAUGUCCUAUCAAUGAAAGACAACUUAAUUCAGACUAAAUUAUUAUUGUUUUCAAACGGACGACUUUUUUGGGAACCGCCAAUACUUGUGAAAUCCCUGUGCGAUGUGGAUAUAAGCAACUGGCCAUACGAUGAACAAAAUUGUUUCCUACGGUUUGGCUCCUGGACUCACGACGGGCUGUCGUAUCUAUAUUCGUUACCAAACAUUGUAGUGAAGAAGUUAUGGAAGAGCCCGGAAUGGGAUUUAAUAGACUCGAGGAGUGAGCGCCGGGACAUAUAUUACGAUUGCUGUCCCGAACCCUAUCCAGACGUCACUUUCUACCUGAGACUGAGACGCAAGACAUCCCUCUAUCACUUCACUGUCUUCAUACCGGUCACGACUGCUGUCAUUCUUAAUCUAUUGAUGUUUUGGUUCUCAAUCCGAUCUUCUGUCAGAUUCCUGUUGUCAUCACUCAGUCUAUUGAUGUUAACCAUAAUUCUACUGUAUUUGGGAUCAAAGUUUGGUUUGGGAGCAAAUAGUAUCCCUUACGCCAUCCGUUACAUAAGCCGAACGAUUCUGACAAUUGGAUUAACACUGGUUUGGACGACAAUUGCAUAUAAUUUGCUAAAUAUGAACAUUCAAUUGCCGGACCCUUUGAGGCGACUCACGGCUCCCACGGAAUGGCUGGUCAUUCACUCGACUCAUGAAAAUAGUGAUACAAUGGUUUUGACUAAUGAUCAACAGGUUAUCAAUAAUCCCAAAGACAAAUCGCUUGAAGUUUUAAACAGCAAACAUAACGGGAAAAAUAAUGCGACACUUCCUAUCGAUAGACUCAGCGAUUUCAACCGGAGUUUUCUUCAGGGGGUCGUAUGA